AUGGAGUGGGGUUACCUGUUGGAAGUGACCUCUUUGCUGGCCGCCCUGGCGCUGCUGCAGCGCUCGAGCGGUGCGGCGGCCGCCUCAGCCAAGGAACUGGCGUGCCAGGAGAUCACCGUGCCGCUGUGCAAGGGUAUCGGCUACAACUACACCUAUAUGCCCAACCAGUUCAACCACGACACGCAGGACGAGGCGGGCCUGGAGGUGCACCAGUUCUGGCCGCUGGUGGAGAUCCAGUGCUCGCCCGACCUCAAGUUCUUCCUGUGCAGCAUGUACACGCCCAUCUGCCUAGAGGACUACAAGAAGCCCCUGCCUCCCUGCCGCUCGGUGUGCGAGCGCGCCAAGGCCGGCUGCGCGCCCCUCAUGCGCCAGUACGGCUUCGCCUGGCCUGACCGCAUGCGCUGCGACCGGCUGCCUGAGCAGGGCAACCCCGACACGCUGUGCAUGGACUACAACCGCACCGACCUCACCACGGCCGCGCCCAGCCCGCCGCGCCGCCCGCCGCCGCCGCCCCCCGGUGAGCAGCCGCCCUCCGGCAGCGGCCACGGCCGCCCACCCGGGGUCCGGCCCCCGUCCCGCGGCAGGGGCGGCGGCGGGGACGCGGCUGCACCCCCUGCACGCGGCGGCGGCGGCGGCGGCGGCGGCGGCGGCGGGAAGGCGCGGCCCCCUGGCGGCGGCGCGGCGCCCUGCGAGCCGGGAUGCCAGUGCCGCGCGCCCAUGGUGAGCGUGUCCAGCGAGCGGCACCCUCUCUACAACCGCGUCAAGACGGGCCAGAUCGCCAACUGCGCGUUGCCCUGCCACAACCCGUUCUUCAGCCAGGACGAGCGCGCCUUCACCGUCUUCUGGAUUGGCCUAUGGUCUGUACUAUGCUUCGUGUCCACAUUCGCCACCGUCUCCACCUUCCUCAUCGACAUGGAGCGCUUCAAGUAUCCGGAGCGGCCCAUCAUAUUCCUCUCGGCCUGCUACCUUUUCGUGUCUGUCGGCUACCUGGUGCGCCUGGUGGCGGGCCACGAGAAGGUGGCGUGCAGCGGCGGCGCUGGGGCUGCGGGCGGGGCCGGGGGCGCGGGGAGCGCGGCGGCGGGCGCGGGUGCGGCGGGAGCCGGCGCUGGGGGCCCGGGUGGGCGCGGCGAGUAUGAGGAGCUGGGCGCCGUGGAGCAGCACGUGCGCUACGAGACCACCGGCCCGGCGCUGUGCACCGUGGUCUUCCUGCUGGUCUACUUCUUCGGCAUGGCCAGCUCCAUCUGGUGGGUGAUCCUGUCGCUCACGUGGUUCCUGGCGGCGGGCAUGAAAUGGGGCAAUGAGGCCAUCGCCGGCUACUCGCAGUACUUCCACCUGGCCGCGUGGCUCGUGCCCAGCGUCAAGUCUAUCGCCGUGCUGGCGCUCAGCUCGGUGGACGGCGACCCGGUGGCAGGCAUCUGCUACGUAGGCAACCAGAGCCUGGACAACCUGCGCGGCUUCGUGCUGGCGCCGCUGGUCAUCUACCUCUUCAUCGGCACCAUGUUCCUGCUGGCCGGCUUCGUGUCGCUCUUCCGCAUCCGCUCGGUCAUCAAGCAGCAGGGUGGCCCCACCAAGACGCACAAGCUGGAGAAGCUCAUGAUCCGCCUGGGCCUCUUCACCGUGCUCUACACCGUGCCCGCCGCCGUGGUGGUCGCCUGCCUCUUCUACGAGCAGCACAACCGCCCGCGCUGGGAGGCCACGCACAACUGCCCGUGCCUGCGGGAUCUACAGCCCGACCAGGCGCGCCGGCCUGACUACGCGGUCUUCAUGCUCAAGUACUUCAUGUGCCUGGUAGUGGGCAUCACCUCGGGCGUGUGGGUCUGGUCCGGCAAGACGCUCGAGUCGUGGCGCGCGCUGUGCACCCGCUGCUGCUGGGCCAGCAAAGGCGCGGGCGCGGCGGGCGCGGGCGCGGCGGGCGGCGGCCCGGGGGGCGGGGGGCUGGGGGCCGGCGGGGGCGGGGGGCCGGGGGCCGGCGGGGCGGGCUCCCUCUACAGCGACGUCAGCACCGGCCUGACGUGGCGAUCUGGCACGGCCAGCUCGGUGUCCUAUCCAAAGCAGAUGCCAUUGUCCCAGGUCUGA